AUGGUGGUGAAGAAAGGAGGAGGAGGAGGAGGAGGAGAUAGUGAAAGUUGUUGUAGUAGUAGAGCUUCUGAGGCGUGUCCGGGUGGAGCGGUUGGGAGUCGAAAAAGGAGACCGAAAGUCGAGGUUUAUGAAGAAGUGUUGAGGAGACUAAAGGAGAGUGAUUGUUUAGAAGCUUGUCAACCUGGUUUUGAACAUCAGUUAUGGUCUCAUUUUAACCGUCUUCCUGUUAGAUAUGCAUUGGAUGUGAAUGUUGAGAGGGCACAGGAAGUCCUAAUGCACAAAAAGUUACUGCACAUGGCACAUGACCCGACUACUAGACCAGCAUUUGAAGUCCGCCUUAUUCAGCUUCAAUCUAGUGUCGAUGAAAAUGAUGAUGACUCUACUUCAAGCUAUACAAGGAUGAAAGACGCUCUAGUUUCAAUCCAUCCAGGAAGCACCCUUCCACUACCUGCAUUUGGUCAGUCGUCAAAUCUUGAAUUUGCUUUUGAGGCUGGAAAAUCAAGUAUGCAAGGUGGAAAUGGAGUUAUGAGUGCCAACCAGCACUUGUUUCGGCCAAUGCAUGAAAUUACAGUUUCAACAAAUGAUAAGCCUAAACUCCUAUGUAAGUUGACUUCACUGCUCUCUGAGAUAGGUCUGAAUAUACAAGAAGCACAUGCUUUUUCAACAACCGAUGGCUACUCGUUGGAUGUCUUUGUUGUUAAUGGUUGGCCAUACAAGGAAACCGAGAAACUCAGAGAUGUAUUGGCAAUGGAAAUACCGAGGGUUGAGGAGAUACCUGGGUCAAAAAAGUCACAAGCGUUUCCUUCUAAAGAGUUGGAGAUUACAAAAUUUCAAGAAAGUCUUACGCUACCUGUGGAUGUGACUGAUGUUUGGGAAAUUGAUCUUAAGUUGUUAAAGUUCGAAUAUAGAAUUUGUGGCGGAUCGUAUGGGGAUUUGUACAAAGGCAUAUUUUGUACUCAGGACGUGGCUAUCAAAGCUCUCAAGGAAGAGUAUUUAAAUGAAAAUGUGCAGAGAGAAUUCGCUCAAGAAGUCUAUAUAAUGAGGAAAGUACGGCACAAAAACGUUGUGCAAUUCAUCGGUGCAUGUACAAAACCUCCAAAUCUUUGUAUCGUUACCGAAUUUAUGGCAGGUGGAAGUUUGUAUGACUUCCUACAUAACCAAAGAGGUCAAUUUGAUGUUCCAACUAUACUCAAAAUAGGAAUUCACGUUUCGAAGGGAAUGAACUACUUGCACGAAAAUAAUAUAAUUCAUAGGGACCUUAAGAGUGCCAACCUGUUGAUAGAUGAAAAUGGGAUUAUUAAGGUUUCUGAUUUUGGUGUUGCUAGAGUGCAAAGUAAGUCCGGUGUUAUGACUGCAGAGACUGGAACUUAUCGGUGGAUGGCUCCUGAGGUUAUUGAACACAGACCUUACGAUCACAAAGCAGAUGUCUUCAGCUUCGGCAUUGUCUUGUGGGAGUUGUUAACAUCGAAGCUUCCUUAUGCUAACAUGACUCCACUUCAGGCAGCAAUAGGUGUGGUUCAGAAGGGUUUAAGGCCAGUAAUCCCUAAGCACACCCAUCCAGAGAUUGCAGAAUUACUUGAACGGUGUUGGCAGCAAGACCCAUCUCUGAGGCCAGAGUUCUCGGAGAUCAUCACAAUCUUGUUGCAUUUGUGUACGAUGGUAGAAGUAAAAAGAUCUAUCAAGAGAAGAAAUAGCUUGGAAGGUGUCUCUCGACCAGAUGAUGUAUGAUUACCACAUUUCUCCCCAACUUGAAUGGCCCGUUAAGUUUCUAGAGUAACAUUGUAGGUAAACUACGCGACUUUGAUGACUCCACAUUGUCAUCAUUAAUCUAGAAUGUUAGUUGUAUAUUCGAUCAUCUAUACCAUUUCUCUCUAGUCUUGGAAAUGCAACAUAAAAAUAUACGACCUUUGACCGGAGAGCAAGCUCAAGUAGUUCUUAAGGGAGUUUUUACCAUCCUUGUAAAAGCUGUUAGUUUGAUAAAAUAAACACAUAAAUAGCAUAU